AUUACGAAACCUUUACCUCAAAAAUAUCAUCGUCCUCCUGCAUCCGGCGCACGUUAGCAAAAUUCUGUUUUUCUUUUUUUAGUUAAAAAAAAAAAAAAAAAAGUCAGAUUAUAAUCAGACGGACUCUUCUUCUCGGCGAUUCUCUUCUCCGACUUCGAUUACCUGUGAGGAACAAGAAGAGAUCAAAGAUAUGCCUCAUAGAGAGAUUGUAGUGAAUGGAAGGAAAACACCUCCAUCACUAGUUGAUCUUUGCGUUAAUACCACGAUAGAUAAUUUAAGGUACCUUGGAGAUGUUGGCGAAACGGAUCUAUAUCUUCUUGAUCAGAUUUUGCCACAUUGUACGCUUGACCAAUUGAUGCACGUCGAGAAGUCUUCACAAGGAAGAGAUCUAAGUCAAGUGACUGACAAUUUGUGGAAGAAAUUUUACGAAAAGCAGUUUGGUAAAGACAAGACAGAGGAAGUAGUCAGGAGGAUGGUAAAAAGUAAGAAGACCUUUAAAUGGAUACAAUUGUAUGAGGCAAAAUUGGAAUACAUUGCUGAGCAGGAGAAGGAAGCAGCUGCUCGAUUUAAGCAACGAUACGAGAAAAUUGAUGCACGAAAACAAAGUCGGCAAGUUCAGAUUUGCACCAAAGUUCCACCUUCUAAAAAUAAAAGAGGCUUUUUUGGAGGCAGUGGACCUGGCUACAAUGUUUCAAAUGUGAAGAGCAACUUGAUGAAGAAGUCAAAAGUAGAUUAUCUUAACAGUAAUGAGAUGAAAAAUCGUGCAGCUAUGAAGAGAAUGGCCUCCCAGACCCAGAGGAACAGUGGUUGUAGCUCUUCCAUGAUGAGACCAGCUCAAUUUAAAGGAAAAGAUUCUGCUUCAACUUCUAAACCUUUGAAGCCCACAGGGAGAAGAUUUUAGAAGCAUGCCUUGUGAGUCUUGGCAUUGCUAUGGAGACAGCUAUCUUGGAUGGUAUCCUUGCUCAAGCUUUGCAACAUUAUUACUCCUGUGUAGCUCUGUUUCUAAACAAUCUGGGAUUCAAUCUUCUCUAGCCAGGCAAUAUCAUGCUUUUCCUUGCUUGUACUUGUUCUUCUUACCCUUUAUUACAUCCCAAGAAGGAAUAUUUUGUUGUAAUACUUCUUUUAAUACAAAGUGGUAACAAAAUUAAGAUUUGUGAUC